CAAAAUUGCAGCCGAAGGAAAAAAUACGCCCUCUUCGCUACCCACACGGUCUACCGCGACUUCUACCUUCUCUCCGCCCUCACCUUCUUGCAAACCUUCCACAGUCAAGGACACGCAUCAUUCACAAUGGAAUCCAGCAGCAAGGCUCCCGUUAAGCUCGUCAAGGUGACCCGAGUGCUCGGCCGAACCGGCUCUCGUGGUGGUGUCACCCAGGUCCGCGUCGAGUUCAUGGACGACCAGACUCGUUCCAUCAUCCGAAACGUCAAGGGUCCCGUCCGUGAGGACGACAUCCUCUGCCUGCUCGAGUCCGAACGCGAGGCCAGGCGUCUGCGAUAAGCGUUGGAAGGCUGGAGUGGUGGAAAACAAAGCGGAUGGUAGAGUCUCUCAAUGGCGUGAACGGGUACGGGUUUUUCUUUCGGGUGUGUUCCAUCUGGGCAUUUACGGCCUCUCUUGCGACGACGGCAUGAAACGAUGGUGUCAAGCAGCGACAACCGGCAGGGCUUCAUCCUAUUAGUCGGAAAUACCUAGGCUCAUUCUCAUAAAAA